AUGGCGGAGCCUGGUGAAGAUGUGAAGGUUAAGGUUGCAACUGCUAGCGCUCAGAACUUCGUCGAGACAUAUUACCCAGCUCUGAAUAACAGCAAAGGCCGGCUUGAGCUCGCUAGCUUUUACGUUAAUCCUGCCAAUGCUUCAUCAGCCAAGCCAGAUAUCACUAUUAAUGGUCAUAUCAUACCUACGCCAAACGAUCUACAAAAACUCUUUGAAACUCAAGUUCGAAGAGCUCACUACGAUAUUCAGUCUUAUGAUGCGCACGUUUUAAAUUCGAAUUACAAUUUCGGCCAAGAGGAAUCUUUGGGGCCAGAUAAAGAUGGAAAAAAAAUUAGUAUCACUGUAAUGGUCAGCGGCAGUGUUAGAUACUGGAUGGAGGGAGAAGAGGGAGAUACAAGGGGAUUUACCGAAAGCAUAGUUCUAGUUCCAAAUAAAGGAUCUAGAGAAUCAAAAAUUGCAAAGGGUACUACUAGGAAAUGGCUUAUAUUAAGCCAGACAUUUAGACUAAUAUCAUAA